UCUUAACAACAACAACAACAAGCAGGGCCUGGCAGUCGUGAUUAUAAGUGUUGUUAACUUCGGCGCGUGGCGUGUUUGCUGUCGGUGUAUUUUAUUUGCCGAUGGGUCCCCACAGCCCCCGGUUCGCACAACGUAGUUGGUGGCGGGGUUAGUGCGCCGCGCCGCGCUGCGUCUAUCUGGUUGCGCGUGUGUGUGUGUUGCGUGCGAUCUAGUUGCGUGUGUGUGUUGCGUUCAGCUUCGUCGUCUCGCCGGUCGUCGCACGCUGUCACGCUGCUGCGUUCAUUUUGUUGGGGCUUCCCCCCCCCGUGAUGACCAGGAGGAGACUAUGAAGAUGGAAGAUGGGAGUGAUGGCGAUAUGAGUUCAGUCGGCGCUGACGUCAAAGAAAACAUGGCCACAACCGGCGGUCUAUUCGGGGGUGUUGCGAAUGGCAACAACCCGCGAAAGCGGCCCCUGGAAGACGGCGGCAACAAUGGCGAGAGGGGCUUCUUGAUGGGUAGGCGUCCCAUCAAGAAGAGGAAGGUGCCGGGCCCGGCGCUACCCAAGAACGCGCUCAUGCACCUCAAUGAGAUCCAGCCGGGCCUGCAGUUCACGCUCGUGUCGCAGACGGGGCCUGUGCACGCGCCGUGCUUCAUCAUGGCCGUGGAGGUGAACGGCCAGAAGUACGAGGGCUCCGGCCCCACCAAGAAGAAGGCCAAGCAGCAGGCGGCCGAGAAGGCGAUGCGCUCGUUCGUGCAGUUCCACAACGAGUACGACGCCUGUCUCGCCCGCGGUGGCGUGCGCGUGCCCAUCAUGGCCGCCGACUUCACGUCCGACCUGGGCGAGUUUCCUGACGUGCUCUUUAACGGCUUUGAGCUGCCACCUCCCGAGCCCGAGGCAUUGGCGGCCGCGGCAGCCGCGGCCGCCGCGGCGGUGGCGGCAAUGACCGGCACAAACGGCGGGGGCGGUCAUUCCGUGGCUGAUCGGAAGCCACCACCCGACAGCCCCUUCCCACAGAACCUGGCGUCGCUCGUGACGGCGAGCGGAAAGAACCCCGUGAUGAUCCUCAAUGAGCUGCGGCCGGGCCUCAAGUACGACUAUGUGUCAGAGUCAGGCGAGAGCCACGCCAAGAACUUCGUCAUGUCGGUGACGCUGGACGAGCAGACCUUUGAGGGCUCCGGGCGCAACAAGAAGCUGGCCAAGGCACGCGCGGCACAGGCCGCCUUGCAGAACAUCUUCAACGUCCAGCUGGACGUGGCACCGAGCCGCCAGCCCAUCCCCAGCGAGGGCCUACAGCUGCACCUGCCCCAGGUACUGGCAGAUGCGGUGGCUCGAUUGAUCCAGGACAAGUUUGGCGAGCUAACCGACAAUUUCACGUCGCCCAACGCUCGCCGGAAAGUGCUGGCUGGCAUCGUCAUGACUGCAGGCCCGGAUGUGAAGGACGCGCGAGUGAUCUCGGUUUCGACGGGCACCAAGUGCAUCAACGGCGAGUACAUGAGCGACCGCGGGCUGGCCCUCAACGACUGCCACGCCGAGAUCGUGUCGCGCCGCUGCCUUCUGCGCUUCCUCUACUCGCAGCUCGAGAUGCUCGCCGGCGAAGGCGACGCCGAGGACGGCUGCAUUUUCUGCGAGCGGGAAGGAGGCGGCGGAUACCAGCUGAAGCCGCACAUCCAGUUUCACUUGUACAUCAGCACGUCGCCGUGCGGGGACGCGCGCAUCUUCUCUCCGCACGAGGCCAGCAUGGAGGUGGAACGCGGCGACAAGCACCCGAACCGGAAAGCGCGAGGGCAACUGCGGACGAAGAUCGAGUCCGGGGAGGGCACCAUCCCCGUGCGCUCGUGCAACGCCAUCCAGACGUGGGACGGCGUGCUGCAGGGGGAGCGCCUGCUCACCAUGUCCUGCAGCGACAAGAUCGCGAGGUGGAACGUGGUGGGGAUCCAGGGCUCGCUGCUCAGCCACUACGUGGAUCCCAUCUACCUGGACAGCAUCAUCCUGGGCAGCUUGUACCACGGCGAGCACCUGUCACGCGCUGUCUGCCAGCGCAUGGCGGACGUGGGGGAGCUUCCUCCGCUCUUUAAGCUCAACCGGCCCCUGCUCAGCGGAAUCAGCAACGCUGAGUCACGACAGCCGGGCAAGGCGCCCAGCUUCAGCGUGAACUGGACGGUGGGCGACCACAGCCUGGAGGUGGUCAAUGCCACCACGGGCAAGGACGACACGGGGCGGCCCUCUCGCCUCGCCAAGAACGCCUUCUUCACCCGAUGGGUGCGGCUCUAUGGCAAGCUAAAAAGCCGCGUACCUCUGAAGCCGGAACGCCCCACGCUGUACAGUAUGGCCAAGCUGGAAGUCGGCGAUUAUCAGCUGGCCAAGCAGCAGCUUGACCUCAGCUUCCAGGGAGCAGGACUGGGAGCCUGGAUCAAAAAACCCAUUGAGCAAGACCAGUUUACUGUCGCGGUGUGAGUCUGGCUGGUGGCACCUCCAGAAUGAAGUGUAUUGUCGAGGGAACAAAAGCAGAACCGAGGGGAAGUGAGGAGCCCUCGGUAGAGGGGGGUGAAGGAUAUAUGGGGCGGGCAAGAGAAGAGGGUGUUUAAAUAAUAAUACAAUUUUAAGAAAAAAUCAUUCAAUUUUACAGCAUUGCCACCAAAAUGUUGCAAUGCAGUUUUGUGGCAUCUGUUCAUACAUUUUAUACGCUGUGUUUGAUUUUAUGUGGUAGAGAUACCCUGCAUAAUUAGUAGGUGUGCAGAGAUGUUGGAAUUAAUGUAUAUGUACAGUGAGGGAAAAAAGUAUUUGAUCCCCUGCUGAUUUUGUACGUUUGCCCACUGACAAAGAAAUGAUCAGUCUAUAAUUUUAAUGGUAGGUUUUUUUGAACAGUGAGAGACAGAAUAAC